CUGAAGGUCUGUAGGGUAUUCUCGAGGAUGGGAAGCCAAGCCAUCUGGGGGUCGGGCCGCAUGGCAACUUCAGUCCUGCAGCGUAUACUUGGACCGCAGUGUCGCUGCACUGCAGUGGCAUUGCAAUUGCGGCCAAGUGCAACCAAGGCCUCUGAGCCUGUCUCUGCAGAGCCUGGCCAAGUAACGCAGCCAUGGAGGCCGUAUUCUCCUGCCAAGCCGGCCAAUAUGGUGGAGUUCGCGCUUGCUCGUGCUGAUGACAUACUUGCCUGGGGAAGGAAGACUUCCCUCUGGCCACUGACAUUUGGCCUGGCCUGCUGCGCAGUGGAGAUGAUGCACAUUGCAGCCCCUCGUUACGACAUGGAUCGUUACGGUGUUGUGUUUCGUGCAAGUCCUCGUCAAGCUGACGUCAUUAUUGUAGCCGGGACAGUUACCAACAAGAUGGCACCGGCAUUAAGAAAGGUGUAUGACCAGAUGCUGGAGCCUCGGUGGGUCAUCUCCAUGGGGAGCUGCGCCAAUGGUGGCGGCUACUACCACUACUCGUACUCAGUUGUUCGUGGCUGCGAUCGUAUCAUCCCUGUGGACAUAUAUGUUCCCGGCUGUCCUCCAACUGCCGAGGCCCUCAUGUAUGGCAUUUUGCAACUGCAGAGGAAGAUCAAACGCAUGAACCUGACUCAAAUGUGGUACCGAAAGUAGGCUGCACCCGUCUGCUGCAGGGGGCUUAAGUCUGCACGUAUUAGUUGUUGUAAUAAAGAUGUGUAAAGUUCUCUCGCCA